GUACCUUUUCCCCUAUCACGUCAUUGAGAACGCACCAACCUAAAUCAAUCUUGUAGUCAUUACAUUCUCUUUCAAAUCCCAUAACCUCUCUUAUCACAUUAUCACACAUACAUUAUACGGAGUACUAUCUAUAUAAUUAAAUAAAUACUCGUAUAAUUUUCUGACACAUGCACUAUAUAUAUAAACAUACUAUAAACUAGAUUCACAACAAAAGCCUUUGAUUAACUAUUUCCAUGGGAGAGUUCAAUAUUGGAGUAGCUCUCCAUAACUUGAAUGAACAUGGAAUGAUGAGUUUCAGCAGCCCAGGGUUUGAAGAAAUGAACAGCCCUAACCACCAAAGGGCUCCUUUUCAGUGCUUCAACAGUGGAAUCCAAAUCCCAAUUGGUGAUCAGCCAUCUCCCCUCUUCUUUUCAUUGGAUGAUGAAUCAGCAGCAGCAGGAGGUACAAGUCAUGGAUGCGCAAUCAAUGUUAAUUCCAUCCAAGAAUCCGAGGCGGUUUUCAUCACUAAUAAUCCACCCUAUCCAAUUAAGAGUUAUGGCCGUAGGAAGAGGAGGAGGAGCAAUGAAAAGGGAGGUGAUGGGAAGCCUAAAGAAGUUGUUCAUGUAAGAGCAAAAAGAGGGCAAGCUACUGAUAGCCAUAGCUUGGCUGAAAGGCAAAGAAGAGAAAAAAUAAAUGAAAAGCUCAAAUCUUUGCAAGGUUUGGUUCCUGGCUGUUAUAAGACUAUGGGAAUGGCCGUAAUGCUGGACGUAAUAAUCAACUACAUAAGAUCACUGCAGAAUCAAAUUGAUUUCCUUUCCAUGAAACUCUCAGCAGCAAGUUUAUUCUAUGACUUCAACACAUCAGAUAUGGAUGCAAUGGACAUUAUACAUCAGGGAACAAAUAUGUAUGAAACUCAAGAGAUGGGAAAAGCUAUUGUGAAUGGGUAUGGUGGCUUUCCACCUCAGUUCCAAACGUCUUGGCCUCUUUAGUUGUACUUUCUGGUUGUUGAAUUGAAUUCAGAUCCACUCCAUACUUAUAUAUCGACAGAGAGAUACUACAUCAAUCAAUAUACUAAUAAUAUACUUAAAUAGCAUCAAAAUAAAUAACCUCUUAAUUUUUCUUUGAUUUUAAGUCAUAUAUGGACAUCACACUACAACAAUUGUCUGGAUCGGAAGAACGUAACAUGGCGUAUAAACUGGCGGCUUCAGCACUACUUGUUUAAUGUUAACUAUAUUAAAGUCUCACACCGGAAAAUUGUGAAGUAGCAAAGUGCUAUAUUAACACAUGUGUUAUUCCCUCUAACAGGUUGACUUUUUAGGAUGGAACCCUGAGUCUUAACAUGGUAUCAGAGCCAAAUUGAUCCAUGGUGUGGGCCCCAGAUGGAAUGUAUAAUUCGCCGUGAGGCUGCUUUGCAUUCCUUCAAUAUUUAUAUACAUUUACAAUGCUUAUCUCUUCACAGUAGUAUACAUCUUGUGAGAGUCUACUAGCUACGUAAGUGGUUAAAUAAAGAGAGACUUGCGGCUCAUACAACAAACUGUAAAGAUGAUAAACUACAACAUUUUAUAUAAUGAAAUAUUAAAUAAUUAAUGGCAGCCGCAUAGGAUAAUUACGGCUGACCAGUUUGACCCGCAUGUAUGGGCGUAUGCAUGGCAUGCAUACGUAGGAUUUCUAUCACGCCCCUGCAGUUUGAUCGGGGGGUAAGCAUACGUUCAAACUGGAUCGAAAAUCAUCAAAUAAAAUCCGGGGAAGUCCUUUGGUGAAGAUAUCAGCAUAUUGGUAACGAGAUGGGACAUGUAAAACCCGAACAUGACCAAGUGCUACCCGUUCUCGGACGAAAUGAAUGUCCAUUUCAAUAUGCUUUGUCCGUUGAUGUUGAACCGGGUUGUGAGACAUGUAUAUGGCACUGACAUUGUCACAAUAUAUGAGGGAUGCAUGGGUGAGGGGAUGCCGAAGUUCGAGUAGUAGAUUUCGGAGCCAACAUGUUUCGGCUACCGCAUUUGCGACCCCACGGUAUUCAGCUUCGGCACUUGACCGAGAUAUGAUAGCUUGACGUUUGGAUGACCAAGAGAUUAAAUUAUCUCCCAUGAAAAUGCAAUACCCAGAUGUUGACCGGCGAGUGUCCGGGCAGCCGCCCCAGUCGGCAUCAGUGUAUGCUAGCAAUGGAUUUGUGGCCGAGGAGCGGAGGUGAAGGCCGUGAUGCAAUGUACCUUUGACGUACCGGAGGAUCCGCUUAAUGGCGUCAAGAUGUGGUGUCCUAGGGUCGUGCAUGUACAAGCAUACUUGUUGAACUGCAUAAGAAAGAUCCGGUCGGGUGAACGUAAGAUAUUGCAAGGCUCCGGCUAAGCUGCGGUAUAGCGUAGGGUCGGGAACUGGUGAGCCAAUAUCCGCGCGUAAUUUGGCUUUGGUGUCAACUGGAGUGUUGGAGGGGUUACAUGAGUGCAUGCCGGCUCUAGUUAGAAUUUCCGCAGCAUACUUAGCCUGAGAUAAGAAGAUGCUGCCAGGAGUGUGAGAGACCGAGAUGCCAAGAAAAUAGGAUAAGGGUCCCAGAUCCUUAAUUGAGAACUCAGCAGCAAGUUUAGAAAUAAUCUCCUUAAGUAAGGUAGGCGAAGAAGCAGUCAGGACGAUAUCGUCGACGUAUAGAAGCAAGUAUGCAGUAGCACCUUCAGAGUGAUAAAUGAAGAGGGAAUGAUCAACCUGACUGUGUUGGAAACCCAGUGUAGCAACAUGUGAGGCAAACCGGUGAUACCAUGCACGGGGAGCUUGUUUUAAGCCAUAUAGGGAUUUCUUUAAAAGACAAACAUGAUUGGGGCGGGUGUCAUCUUUAAAGCCGGGAGGUUGGUGCAUGUAUACGGUUUCACCAAGAUAACCAUGUAGAAAUGCGUUGUUGACGUCGAGUUGGUGGAGAGGCCAAGAAUGAGAUAAAGCUAUGCUAAGGACAGUGCGGAUUGUAGCCGGUUUGACCACCGGACUGAAAGUGUCAUCACAAUCAAUACCGGGGCGUUGAGAUUUACCGUUGACAACCAACCUAGCUUUAUGACGUUCAAGACUCCCAUUGGACCUGUAUUUAUGUUUAAACAACCACAUACAACGAAUCACAUUUGCAUUAGGAGGACGGGGAACCAACUCCCACGUCUUAUUAUUAAUAAGGGCCGUAAAUUCAGAAAUCAUAGCCGACUUCCAAUUGGGGUCAAGGAGGGCCUGGACAUGUGAUGUUGGAAUGGGGGAGGAUAUGACGGAGGGGGUUUGUAUGGAGUUGAGGUUGUAAAUUGGCUUUGGCCGAAAUGUCCCAGUUUUGCUACGGGUGAGCAUGUGGUGUGUAUUAGUGGGGGGGUGAUGUGCACUUGGCGAGGGAGGAGGUUGACUCGGCUGGGAGGAGGAGGAGUCAUGAAAUGACGUGGCUGGAGGAUUAUUGGGUGGGGGAGAUACGGAAGACACAUGGGGAUGGGUGGCAGUAGGGAAUAUUUGAGAUAACAAAUAUGGAGAAGGUUGGUCAGUAAGGAAAUCAUACGUAGGGGGUGAUGUGGUUGAAUUUUGAAAAGGAAAAUUUGAUUCGUCAAACGUGACGUGACGGGAGAUGAAUAUUCGGUGAGUAUUUAUGUCAAGACACUUGUAUCCUUUGUGUUGAGAUGGAUAGCCGAGAAACACGCUGGGUGUGGUGCGGGCGGCUAGUUUAUGAGGAGUGGGAAUAUGAGGGUAACAUAGACAACCGAAAAUUCGUAAGUGGGAAUAGGUCGGUUGUUUAUGAUAUAACAUGAGGGUAGGAGAAAUAUAUGAGAGAGAUUUGCAUGGGAGGAUAUUGUGUAGAUAAGUGGCCAUUAAGACGGCGUGAGGCCAGAGAGUGGGUGGGACAGACGCAUGUAGUAGGAGGGUGCGGGUAAUAUUAUUAAUUGAACGAAUUUUGCGUUCGGCUUUACCAUUUUGUGGGGAGGUAUAGGGGCAGGAAAAACGGAAAGAUAUCCCAUGUGUGGAACAAAAAUUGUGAAAUAAAGAGUUGUUAUAUUCACGACCAUUGUCACAUUGUAAGGUCUUAACAGACUUGCCGAAUUGAUUUUGUACAAAUUUAAAAAAUUGUACAAAUUUAGAGUAAGCAUCCGAUUUAUGAUGGAGAGGAUAUAUCCAAAGAAAAUUGGUAAAGUCAUCAAGGAACAAAAUAUAAUAACGGUGACCUGUGGAACUUAAAACAGGAGAAGUCCACAAGUCACUGUGUAUAAUAUCAAACGGGGCAUGAGUGUAAGAGAAAGAGGGGGAAAAGGGCAAUUUAUUAUGUUUCCCCAUUUGACAAGAUUGACAAAUAGCAUCAAAUGUUUUAUUACAAUCAAUAAGUUUAUUUGUGCUAAGCCUACGAAAAACAGGAAGGCCGGGAUGACCAAGACGAUUAUGCCAUAGGGUGGAUGAUAUGCCAGCGAAACUGGAUGGUGACGGGGAGGGACAGAGAGCACGCAACGGGUAUAAUGCACCUUGACUAUUACACCUCAGGAUUGGAGUUCUGGUACUGAGAUCCUUCACAGAAAAACCAAAUGGGUCAAAUUCUAGUGAGACAUGAUUAUCAAUAGUGAAUUGACGUACCGAAAUUAAAUUUUUGAUAAUAUGAGGAGUAUAUAAGACAUGACGUAGUUGAAGAGGGGGGCAAGGUGGGGGUAAAAUAGAAUGACCAUGACCCGAAACUGGAAUGGAAGAACCAUUGCCGACUAUGAUAGAUCCUUUAGAACCGGUAUUAAUAAAAGACGAGAGAGUACCUUUAUCCGAAGUCAUAUGAGAGGUGGCCCCGGUAUCCAUGUACCAACUGUCAUCGGGAGGGUUGAGGGUCAUGGUAUGCAUGGCAGAUUGGAUAUCUGUGGGAACAUAAGACUGUGUCGCUGGGAAAGGACUAUGACCAACGGUAAAUGCAUGAGGACGUGGGCCAAGGAUCCCGGCUGUUGUAGAUGCAGGACGGGCAGUAGGAGAAUGGCUAGGAGCAGUAGGGUAGGGGCACGGAGGGGGUGACCAGUAGGGUUGCAUCCAUGGAGCCCAAGAAGGGAAAGACCAGGGUGGAGGAGUCUGGGGCCAUGGCGAGGUCUCAUGUGGACGUGCUCCAGAGGUUCUGCCGCGACCCUUGCCCCUGUUGGAACUAGUGCGACUGCCGCGUCCACCACGUGUUCCAGAAGUGGAGGCCGAGUCUGAGCGGAUGGAAGUUGUUGACACGAGAGCGGAAGCAGACGGAGAAGAGAAAGAGUCCGUCGUUUGGUGUGCCUGGCGGGUUUCUUCCAGUAAAAGCAUGGACCGAGCUUUCUCGAACGUGGGUAGGGGAUCGAGUUGCUGGAUGAAGGAAGCUACAGAGGCAUAGGGAGUAGUGAGGCCGUUGAGUAAACGUAAGAUUAGACGUUUGUCAUUAACCUCGGCGUCGACGUUGGCAAGUUGAGUGGCAAUGGUAUGAAGCUCCUGGCAGUAGGCGGAGAUGGAAGGAAAAUUUGCCAAUCGGGUAUGAGAAAAGAGAUCCUCCAGAUGGACGGCUCGCGAAUUUUUGUUGUCAUGAAACAAAUCUUUCAAACGAGUCCAAGCGGUGAAGGCGGUGGAGUCGGGUUUGAGGAUGGUAUGCAAUAGGUCGUGAGAUAUGGUUCCGUAGAUCCAUUGUAGGACAACGGCAUCAAUACGGUUCCACAAAGCUUUUUCUUCGGCUUGGCGGAGACGGUCUUCGUCAGAGAGAGUGGCAGAAUCGGGAGGCGGUGUUGCCGCCGGAGACAGGUGGUCAAGGACAUCAUACGCACGGGCUGUGAUUUUAAAUAAUUCAGCCCAAGAGGAAUACUGCACUUUUUCCGUAUCAAGUGUAAGGGGAAUAAGGUUCUUGAUCGAGCUAAUGGCGAGUGCGGGGUGGAAGGCAGGAGAUUUGGUAGGGGCAGCCAUUGAUAGACAGGCCCGAAGGAAAGGAAAUAGAGUCUGAUACCAAGAUGGAAUGUAUAAUUCGCCGUGAGGCUGCUUUGCAUUCCUUCAAUAUUUAUAUACAUUUACAAUGCUUAUCUCUUCACAGUAGUAUACAUCUUGUGAGAGUCUACUAGCUACGUAAGUGGUUAAAUAAAGAGAGACUUGCGGCUCAUACAACAAACUGUAAAGAUGAUAAACUACAACAUUUUAUAUAAUGAAAUAUUAAAUAAUUAAUGGCAGCCGCAUAGGAUAAUUACGGCUGACCAGUUUGACCCGCA